AUGCCACUCCAAAUGCAACUCCCCGCAAUAAGCGUUGCACUCUUUGGCGAACGUGAGACGGGAAAGACGACUUUUUUGGACCUUCUCACGCAUAAACCAUAUCAUGAAGAAUAUGAAGAGACCACUGAAAAGGUCAACCAAAUAGUUUCAUUUUCUUAUAGUAAGUAUACUGUAGACAUUUCAUUCACUGAACUCCCUUCUUUAGUCUUUUUAUCGCACAGUGCAAAUCGCACAAUUGAUUUAAGCAACAAAGGGAAAAUUCACAUCUUUUUUGUUUCGAAUGAUAGUGAAGACUCUCUCCACUUCUUCGAAUUUUUUACCAUGUCGGACACGUAUAGAAUUUGUGACAAAGAUAUGUUGUUUUUGGUAUUAAAUAAAACCGAUUUGCCUAACGCCUUUCAAAAAGAUGACCUCCUCCAAUUGUGCAAAGAAAGAGACGCUAAUUUUUUGGAAAUCUCACUCAAAAAUGGGGGACAGGAACAGGCACAGAUCUUAAUGGAAAAAAUUGUGGAAACGGUGUUUACUCUUGAACAACAAUGCUCCCCUCUCUUCACUCAAAUCAACAGAGAAAGUCAAAAAUUGGACGGAAAAAAAGAAAAGAAAGAAAAGUCAAAAAAAGGAAAAAAGGAAAAAAAAGAGAAAAAGUGGAAGGAAAAGCACGGACAUCUCUGUAAAAAAUCUCACAAACCAAAGUGUGUGAUUGUGUAA